AUUUGACCAAUAAGGCAAGGAGGUUUUAGUCAACCGACACAGAUGAACGAGAGAAUCAUUCCACAGUCUUCAAUGGGGCGAAUCGUUCAUCGCAUUCCUCAAGCCUUUACAUAAUUGUAUAGCUAAAGAAGACACCGAAUGGCAUGCUAGUUGCGCAGAUAGCCUAGGCUACAUCAUAAAACUUUUCCUGGAACGGAGUUUGCCUUUCUGAACGUUAAAACGACGACGGAACUGUUCUUUCUACUUCAUCUUGUCUGUGCGGCAAAGCAAUGGAACGCAGAAGUUGAAUAAUUCAGUAUUGCGAAGCCUCUACUGCUGUGAAGAUACGUGGAUAGUGCCUGUGAACUUGUAUUGUAACAGUGUAUCAAACUUUGGGGAACAAAUGAACAAAUUGCAGGCCAUGUGCGGGUUUCACACGGUAUAAAACACGGCAUUGCACAUUAUUUGGUGAACCUCGUUCAUUCCCCACUGGCGCGUACUGAAUGGGAGGGAAUGGAUUUGGAUGACUUCUUUUUGACAUAUUUGAUGAAUAUACUGAUAACCAAAUCCAUAUGUUGAAGUCUUUCGAUUAUUCGGAUCAGUCUACUUCGAAAUGGCAAGUUUUGCCGGGUUUAUAAAGUGGACUGGGAGAUCAACUUUGUAUUUAUGCUGUGCGUUUGCCCUGUUCGGUUGUCUUUGCAUCGCGUCCCCCACUCAUGGUCGUCGGCUCAUCUGUUGGCAAGCCAUUAUGAAGUGUCAUGGAGAGCCGGAUUGUCACUACGCAUAUGACCAAUACCUUUACGCCUGUGCGCCUGUUAUCAACGGGGAUAGGAAGAAGUGUCCCAGCCACUGCAUCUCGUCCCUUAUCCAGCUGAAUCUAACUGAGACCGGCCCGUCUCUAGAGGACUGUGACUGCGCCUCGGACCCCGUCUGCCGGAGCACCAAACGCGCCAUAGAGCCGUGCCUGCCUCGGACAAGCAACAUGGGCUGCACCGAAGCCCGGCGGCAGUGCGAGAGCGAUUACCAAUGUAGCUCGGCAAUGCGUGACUAUUUGUUUCACUGCCGUAAACUUUUCGGAGGCGAGAGAUGUUCAGACGAUUGCAGGAGGGUGAUAGCCAACAUGCGCAAUAUGCCCAAAGCACAACAACUUGAUACUUGUGUUUGUGAUGGCACGGAGAGGACGAUAUGCGAGUACGUCAAAGUUAGUAUGAAAAACUUUUGCUUUGACUCUAUGGACAGAUACACAGGCAGCGGGUUUUCUGAUUCGGACUCUGAAGAUGAUUAUGAUGAUAUGGAGGAUUAUGUCUAUGUGGAAAACGCUAGUGAUUCACCUAAAUCCGCCUGUCGGGGUGUAUGGACUUCUACUGUGGCCACCAUUUUGGUUCUAAUGCGUCUUAUCUGAUAGGGCAGUCUACCCAAGUUGAUUCAGCUGUUGGGGAAGUUGUUAGAGAAAUAGAGAGGCCUGUGAAACGUUGACACAGAGAGACAGAAUAGCUCAUGAAAGUGUUGUGACACCAGCACACCUGCUUUAGCGUAUACUUUGUGUGUUUGGAAGAGUUUAUGGCCUUUGCUCUGCUGUCUUCAUAAUAGGGCUUCUCAACAUUCUAUCUGGUCUCAGUCUCUGUGCUGAUAGGCUAUGGGUCAUCUUGCUCACAAAUGUUUAUAUUUAAAAUGUAUACAUUUUAUGUGAAUCUCAAAAGAUUAUAGAUUCAUUUCCAGAUAGCUGUGCACCUCUAAAAUAUGUAAUUGUUUUAACCAACCCUUAAAGAAUGUUCUAGGCCUACUAUAAGCUCCUACUAUAAGCUUCUCCUUACCUUGUGUCUCAUAAAAUAGCCCAAAAAGUUUGACACACAAUUUUCUUUAAUGUGGGCAGCCAGGUGACUUGUAAGUGUACAUAUGUAUAAUGCUGUUUCAAGACAAUAGUGAAAACAUCAGUAUAAAACAUGUUCUUGGUCACUUGGCGAAAAUGGGGACAGACUAAUCAAGUUUUCUUUCACUAUGAGCUAGACAAUAGACAUAGGCCUACAUUUCAUUAAGAUGCCAUUUAAGCUCUAGUCAGUUGGUAAUCAUCUAAGUGACAGAUGUAAAAACACAUUUACCUAACAACAGUUUGAUUUGUUAUUCAAUAUUAUUAGCCUUAAUCAUGUCCCAGACAUUUACCUAACCACAGUUUGAUUUGUUAUUCAAUAUUAUUAGCCUUAAUCAUGUCCUAGAUAUUUCCAUAAGCUCAGUAUCAAUAUCAAGUUAAAAAACAAGUUAAGGGAGAUUAUUUUUAUAUGUCAAAAUGUGUUAAGUUAAAUUGUACAGUAUAUUGUAUGAUAUGUAUUUCUUUCCCAGAGUUAUUUGUUUAUUACUGCUAAGAGGAUUUUUUUCCCCCAGAGUUAUUUGUUUAUUACUGCUAAGAGGAUUUUUUUCCCCCAGAGUUAUUUGUUUAUUACUGCUAAGAGGAUUUUUUCCCCCAGAGUUAUUUGUUUAUUACUGCUAAGAGGAUUUUUUCCCCCAGAGUUAUUUGUUUAUUACUGCUAAGAGGAUUUUUUCCCCCAGAGUUAUUUGUUUAUUACUGCUAAGAUGAUUUUUUUCCCCCAGAGUUAUUUGUUUAUUACUGCUAAGAGGAUUUUUUCCCCCAGAGUUAUUUGUUUAUUACUGCUAAGAUGAUUUUUUCCCCCAGAGUUAUUUGUUUAUUACUGCUAAGAGGAUUUUUUCACUGUAUAGAAAUGUCAUGAAAUGCUUCACUGUCUACAUUGUAUUUUAGUGAAAAUAUAAAUGUUCUUGCUUAAAAUUC